AUGGGAACCUUUCCUGCUCGCAAUUGUAUCACCUUCACCCGUGAGAUCCCGAAGCGUUUGGUCAUUGACAAGGAUACGCUUGUGGCUGGUCUUGACAUCAUUUAUGGAAAUGAAGAGAGUGGCGAGAAAGCCUACGGGUUAAAUGAUACGUACGAUAGAAUUGAGGUCAAAACUACCAAGAAUGAACCGACGGACCUUGUCACCGAACUACAGGAGCGUGGAUUCUUAAAGAAAGAAUGA